AUGCUUCCUAACUGUCAAGUUUCCUGUAACGUCUGUUCCAGCAACGUUACCAAGCAAGUUCUACGUAAGUUUAACUGUCUAAACACAAUUUUUUUCAAAUAA